AUUUAGCAUUUCUAACGUGCAAAACAAUUUAAUUUUUUUAUUUUUUAGGAUUUGGAGUCAUUCUUCGUUUAGUCUUUUAGAAAAAGGGUGUCUUUAAUCUUUUAUAGAAACAAAGAUAUUUGAAAUUGAGGUGGUUUUUUUGUUUUUAGUGUUACUAACAGUUUAAGAAAGAACUUUUAACUCUUUAGAAAGUUCACCAAACAAUGUUUAGGCUCAUGAUUCAGUACCGAUACACUUCAAAGAUUCAUUGAAAAGAUUCGGUUGUUCGCGUUAUUGGACAUCCCUAGUUGUCGUAGCUACAAUGUUUCUGAAAGUGUUUGGAGGCGUGUGACGGAUUUGUUUUGCUGUGAAAAAUAAAAUAAAAAUAAAGAUAUAUAUCUGUCGGUUUAAAAUUAUAGCUCCAGUUCUAGAAAUCUCCGCAAACAGCUUUCUUUUCUAUUUAUGAAGAUUUUUUGCAUAAUAAUUUUACAUUAAUGUAAGACGAAUACUCAGGAAACCUGUCGAAAAACCUGUCCGAGAUGGACAUCUCAAAUGAAUCAGAACCAAAAUGCCUAUCUUCUCAAGAACCUGCUAUCCAGAAACUCUUUGGCUCCAGCAGCAUUUUCAAGACUCCAGAGUUCAAACGGGACAGACAUAUGCAUGGCAACCUUAUUAUAAAGGAUAAAGCAAAUACUCAUUAUCAAGCAGGCAUGGAGGCUGUAGAUCAGCUAGACUUUGAGAGGGCUGUCACUAGCUUCACAAAAGCCAUAACACUUCAACCAGAACAGACUCAGCUUUAUGUAGCGAGAGCAGAGGCCUAUCUUCAGCUGUGUGACUUCAAGUCUGCAGCCCUCGACUAUAAGUAUGUCUGCUACCUGGAACCACAGAAAAAGGCUUAUUUUCAUCGCCUUGCCUUCAUUUAUUACCUGCAGGGCCAGUGUUAUUGUGACCAGGGAAUGUUCUUCGAGGCUUUGGAGUCUUUUGCCAAAGCAGUUGAACUGAAGCCUGGCUUUAGACCUUAUCACAUGAGAAGCUUGGCAUGUCUGACUGUACUAGGUCGUUACGGUGAUGCUAUUCGGCUGGUCACUAACUGGCUCGAGAGUGACACACCAUCCGCUGACCUCUUCACUCUAAGAGCGCGUCUACACCACCAACUCAAUCAGCCCAUGCUAUGUUACUAUGACCUGAAGGCAGCUCUGAGGCUUAAUCCGAGCUGUCCGGAGGCACGGGCCUUGCUGGAGAUGAUGGAGCAGGGAGCCGAGUGCUCUCACCAGCAGGCAGUGAAUAAAGCUGUGGAGGGAGCGCUGUCUGAUGCUCUGGGAAAGAUUACCACGGCUCUAGAACUGAAUCCGGAGAAUGCCCAAUAUUACAUUUUUAGAGGGAUACUGUACCGCAGACUGAAAGACUUCACUGCUUCCAUCGAGGAUUUAAUGCUUGCUGUGGAGUUCAGAGAUGAUGGAGCAAAACAACCUGAGGGAGAAAAGCCUGAGGAGUCUAAGGAUCUGGAACAAGAUGCUCACAUCCAACUAGUACUCACUUACAAUGAUUUUGCGGUCCACUGCUUCACCCAAGGCUUCUACAGCGAGGCCACCAUGCUUCUCACCAAGGCCAUCCAUGAGCAGAGAGAUGAGAGCAGGCUCUUUAUCAACCGAGGAGACUGUUUCUUUAGACAGAAGGAGUGGCUUUUUGCGCUGGCUGACUACCAGCAGGCUGAGGAGUUGGACCCCCAAAAUACAACCAUUUGGCUUCGUCUGGCUGUUAUUCACAACACAUUGGGACUGCACAGUUAUGAGAACCUUAAAAUGUGUAAGAGGAAUAAAACAUUUCGGGACAUGCAGUUAUUGGAAAACAAUCAACUUCAUGGUAGUAACACAUCACACCACCCUGUUGUUGACAGUAUCGUGUUGUAUUUUAUAUUUAAUGGACAUCUUAAUAUUGAUGACCUAUUGAAAUAUUAUACACUGACUAUUGUAUAUUCAAUUUGGCACUUAUUAUGGCACUUAUUCUUGUGUAACAUACUUAGGAAUUUUCAGGAAGCUGUAGACAAGUUUUCUGUGGCCAUUAAGUACAACCCUGGAGUAGCUCUGUAUUAUGGGAAUCGGGCUAAGGCUCACAGCAGAAUGCAGCGUAUGGAGGAGGCAACGCAGGACGCUGUCUGUGCUCUCAUCUUAGAUCCUGCUAAUGAUGAGCUCGUCCCUCUGCUGCUCAGACUGUUCCCAGGCUGCUCUCUGUCAGAUGUCAUAUCCAGUGACACCGCUCAAACAGUCAAAGCUCAGCUGAUGGAACGGAUCCAGACCUGGAAACUAGCAGGCUUUCCUGUGUCAAGGCUCUCCAAUAAGCUUGAGAGGAUGGUCCUCACACAGGACACUGACAGCCAGUUGGAAACAGGCUCUGAAAACGCCUCAAGCAGGGAGGAUGUGGACGUGAGAUUUAAAGCUGUUGCAAACACUCAAGAUCCGGUCAGGACCAAGGAACAGGUGAGUGAAGCGGUGAAGAAGCUCCUGCAUCAGAGGCAGUCUCUAAGUUACAUUGGACCUCGCAUUGCCCCUCUUUGCAUUACACACAACUUAGAGGCAGCUCCUUCCACUUCUAAGCGUCCAUACUCCUGGAGGAACUUUGGAGGCAUGGGCCUUAACUGCUAACAUCAUGUCUGAUAGUAGAAGUAAACUUACACUGGCUCAUAUGAAAUGUCCUAUGAGUCUUAUGGAUGAUUUUAACCUGAAUCACAGCCAUCAUUAUGAUGGAGCUGGAUGCAUCCAGUCAGAUUUUUGUAGUGUGCAGAUGCUUAUAUUUCAUUGUACUUGAACUGCAGAUUUACAUGCAUGAGUAGAAAAUGAU